CUCCAGCCCCCGGCGGCCUCGGCUCAACUUCCUGCCUUCCCUAACUUCACUGUACACAGCCAAGCAGGAGGCUGUUCACUCACACUAGGGGCUCCUCACACCAGAUGAACGCAAAGCCGUCCAAGACUUGUCAUGACGCAGCAGGAGCAGCAACAGUUCAUGGAGAGCCUGGAGACAGCCCUCUCCUGGAUGCGGGCCAUCCAGGAGAGGCUGAAGGCCGUCGACAACACCCAGGGGCCCCGUGAUGCCCUGGAGGCUCGACUCAAGGAGACACAGAAAAUCCAUCAGUCGGAGCUCGAAGGUCGUAUGAAGAUGGACAGGGUGUUGGUGGCAGCUGAGAACCUUCUGCAGAGCGGAGAUGAAGAGCUGAGGAACCACACGCACUCUAAGCUCAAAGACCUGAAAAGCCUGUGGGAGGAGACCUGCACCUAUAUCAUCCACUGUCACAGUCGAAUUGAGUGGGUGUGGCUCCACUGGAGCGAGUACCUGAAGGCCUACGAGGAGUUUGAGCUGUGGCUGACGAAGCAGCAGCGCAGUCUGGAUGUCGGUGUGGAGCUGCAGCUGGGGGUGAAGGAGAAGCUCUGGCAGGUGGACCAGCAGCGGGUGGUGGUUAGCGACAUCCACAGCCAAGCGGCGCUGCUGGAGAGGCUGCUGGACGAGGCUGCUGCACUGCACAACAGAACCCAGGACCCCAGUGUUGAGCCCCAGGCCCAGGAGAGGCUGCAGGAGGCCUACAAUGAUGUCAGAGACAGGAGUGAGGAGCGUCUGUCGCUGCUUCAGAAGAUUGCUGAGGAGCACCAGACGUACCAAGGCUGGGUUCAGAGGUUCCAGUCCUGGCUGCUGUCAAAAACCAAGGAGCUGACUGAUCUGAUGGAGAAGGAGGAUAUAUCCGAGAACAAACUGAAAGCCUUACAAGCUUUGGACGACAGCGUGGCUGGCGAGGAGAAGACCCUGCAGCAUAUCGAGGGCAUAGUGGAGGCGGUGAGGGGUAAUACCUCUCCUGCGGGGGCGGAAGUGGUAGUGGAGGAAGCAGAGGAGUUGAGGCUGGGCUGGCAGAGGCUAAGGCAGGGUCUGUGUGAGGCCGAGGAGGGCCUGCGCUCCAGCCUGAAUUCCCACACUCAAUACAUGGCCAGGUGCCAGCGGCUGGGAGAAGACAUCAGCUCCCUCAGGGUGCUGCUGCAGGGGCUGGACCAGGAACUGGAUGAGGGCCGUGAGGCUGGGGGCUACACUGACCGCACAGAGGAACACAUCGUGGGCCAGUGGAGGAAAUACACAGGUGUGAGGAAUACUCUGGCAGGGGAGGAGUCCCAAGUGGAACUUCUCAAGGCUCAGCUCAAGGAGCUCUUCAGGUUCUCGGAGGACUCACGCCACCUUUCUGAUGAGGUCCUGGCUGUUGUCAAAGAACAUCAGAGUGUGAAGUGCAGAGUGACGAGGCUUUGUUCAGAGUCAGAGUCAGGGCUGAGAAACAUUCUCCAGGACCCACUGCUGGUCUACACCCAGUGGAGCCAAAUGGUCAGUGAGGUUCUGGAAGCUUCUGCUGAGGUUACUGACUUCUCCCACAUCGCCAUGUUGGUGCAGAACAUAGAGCGUCUGCUGAAGGACAGUGUCCAGCUGCAGGAACGUUUCAGUCUGCUGCAGGUGAAGGGGGACCUGCUGGACUCUGUGUUUGGUCCUGAGAAAUCUGACGACCUGCAGGACGAGCUGAGUGACGCCAUCAGGAACAGAGAGCUGCUGCACACCCAGCUGCAGCAGAGAAAGAGCAGGCUUCAGGGCUUAAUCUCAAGAACCAAGGACUUUGGUGAUGCCUCUGAGUUGAUUCGCUCCAACCUGGCCGGUCUCCGGGAUCGACUGAUAGCAGCUGAUAGCCUCCAACCUGACAUCCUGGCUAAGAAAAGCCAGUCAGACCAGUUCAGGGUGAUCCAGAAAGACCUGGAGGACUGUGAAGCCCACAUCACAGCACUGGAGACUCUGGUCUCGUCCAAUCAGAGCAACAGGCCUCAGUUUGACAGGCUCUUUGCUGACUGGAAACAUCUGUACAAGGCAGUCAGGGAGAAGGUGCGUGAAAGCGAGGCGAGCAUAGCAGACCAUGAGAGCUUCCACGAUAGUCUGCUGAACAUAGAGAAGUGGCUGAUGAUCAUGAAACAGAAGCUGGAAUCCUUCCACAGCCCUUCAGGAGCGUGGAGCAUAGAGGGCCGCCAGCACGAAGCUGAGAGAGCACUUGGAGAGUUUCCAGAGAAGGAGCUUCAGCUGCAGCAUAUGGAGGUCCAGGGUCAGGGGGUUCUGGAGAAAACAUCUGAGGAGGGACAGGUCUAUAUCCUGCGAGACAUGAAGCGUCUACGAGAGUCCUGGUUGGCCCUGUACAACAUGAGUCUCAAUCUUCACAGGCUGCUGAACAGCUCCAAAGAGCAGACAGAGUCUGACUUGAGGAGAGUUGGAGGCCUGACUGUGGGCAGCACAUCCAUAACAACAGAGCCCAGUCUGGGGGAGGGGGACAGUCAGGUCAGGACGGGAAGCUCCAGGAGCCAGAGACACCAACAGCAAGACAAGACAGCAGAGGCUAGCUCUGAGCCUGCAGGAGGAGGACCACUGGAGGGGGAGGCAGGAGACGGCGCGAUGACUGGGCAGGGUGGGUGGAUCCAGGGCUAUGGUGAAGAUCACCUCAUUCUGCCUAGACAAGACAAUGAGUAUUUCAGCCCAUCAAUGACAGGCAAGGACAGUGGGCGUUCUUUUAAAGGAGAUGAAGUUGAUUCCUCUGCUUGGAGCAUUCACAGCAGAUCAGGCCAGAAGGUUCCCAAAGACACCACCACUGAUAGAAGCCCUGACAGUGAUACAUCAAGAAGACGAAGAAGGGACCCAGCCAAGCAACCAACCGCAACACCAACGCAACACACAAUGGGGGGCACAGAACAGAAAACAUCCAGGAGGAGGGAAUUUGAAGCUUGGCUGUCCAAACAAAAUGACCUCCUCUCCAGGAUCCUCAGUACCAAGGGAGCAACGCUGCGUGCCAAAGAACUCAAGAUCCGACAGGACACACUCAAGCCUCUGGUGGAAGGAGUGUCCUGGGGUCAGGAGCAGUUCCAGCUGUUGCUCCAGGAGAGUCAGGGCAGUGAGGCUGGUUCUGGACCAGCAGAAGAUGUGUGUCUGGAGGAACUUCGCUACCGAUGGAUGCUCUAUAAGUCGAAACUGAAGGAUGUGGGAGACGUCAGGGCUAGGACCAGUGCCAAGAGAGUCCAAGCCAAAGAAGAGGAACCAGCAAAGGUGCAAAAGAAGCCCGGGUUGUUGCAGCGGGUGUGUCGGCUGGCUCUUCCUUUGUGGCUGCUUCUCCUGGCUCUGCUGCUACUGGCCUUCCUGCUGCCCCUCAUGGACGAAGGCAACAGCUGUUCCCUCUCCAACAACUUUGCUCGAUCCUUCACCCUCAUGCUCCGUUACGACGGACCACCACCCACAUAGGAAACCUGGACGGCACACGAUAGAGUAAUAUCUGAUGUCACUCUCUACAGCAACUUAUGUCGCUAUAAUGGAUCAUGGCUUAUGUGGGAAAUGUUGACGUGACUACUUCAGAUGUCACAUUCCCCUGUUUCUCAUGUAACCACAUGUAAGACCACAAACAGAACCACACAACGUUCAGUUCAAUCUGAAAGUUCUUAUUCUAAGAAUGUCAAAGUACUAUAACCAGACCGCAGGAUUUUUAACAUCUGUAAACCAAACCCAUUUUUGUCAUCUUUGAGUGUCAUGCCUUUCUAAUAGUUUAAAUAUGUUAGUCAGCUUUUAUCUAAUAAAGACAAAAUUCUGUUCAUCUGAACUUUAAAUAGCUUUACUUUAACAGUCACCAAUAGACCAAAGUAUAUUUACAGCAUUCUUGUUAUAACUUACAGUAUAUAAUGUUUCAUGAAAAUGUUUCUUUUGGGCUUUAAAGAACACACAUACAAUUGAAAAUGUUCUCAUUAUUACACAAAAACCAACAAAUCUUGUUAAAAUAGUAAAAACUGAGUCAGCAACAUUAUCAUUAUCCAUCCAUCCAUCUAUCAUCAUCGAUAUAUGCUUAUCCUGCACUGGGUCACUGGCGGGUUGGAGCCUAUACCUGCUCACACUUACCUUUAUAAAAGUAUUUUGUAAGAACAAGAAGGGAUAAACUGAUAUGUUAAAACAUCAUAAUAAUAAUUUGGUAAAUGGUAAUAAUGAGAAAAUUAUAUUUUAUACUAUUCUACUACUAGUAGUAGUAUAACCUGAAAGCAGUUUUUUUAUUAUAUCAGGCCUAAACUCCAUUUGGUAGGGACUAAACAUAAAAAUCAUCAUUUUCACACAUCUAAAACUUUCAGAGACACAAUUUGAAACCUGUUUAAUUACUAACCUGUUAAUUGGCUUGGUGAGAUUACUCAAGUGCUAAGGAAAACUGAAAUGUGUCUACGGAUAUGAAUGUGGAACAUGUACCAGAAGAUCCAAACCAAAGACUAUUGUAACAGUACUGGACAUGAUACUGAAGCUAACAUUGCAUUUCUGUCGACUUCUGGACUCAUAACUCCUGUUAGAUUUCCUCUCCCUGAGGGAAAGCAAAACUUCAGCUAAUGCUGUGCUAAUGGUACCGUAUGUAGCAGUGGUAAAUAGCUUGUUUGCAAAAAAACAAAUAUACAGUAUAUGUUAUGUUUCAUCUCUGUAAAGAUUAAAUUGUGUUUUCUUAGUGUUAUUAGGUCAGCCAUAACUGCCGUGCAGGUUCAUACUGAGAGCAGCCUGGCUAAUGCUAACCCUUGCGUUGUGACCUUUUUAUAUACAGUCUAUGGUUGUGACUGGGAGCAGUGUGAGAGCGUCUGCGGUUAGAAAGACCUGAACAGAGAAAUGCUACUCUUCACUAGCGACAUGUCAUCUCAUUCUGUCAUCAGUCUUACUCACUUAAAAACUAUCAUACUGAAACAUGUAGCAGGGGUUUACUGUACACCUUCUACAUUAUGGUAAAGAAGUAGCUCAUUCAGCACUUGCUGUCUAUGAUUUUGUUGGCAUUUUUAAAACUGCAGUUCCCAUGACCUUCUUCCAGCAUGGCAGCACCCAUAUCAUACACCACAGUAACUGUUUCUCCCUCAUCCAUUAUCUAUACCUGAGCACUCCUCUAAUGCUGUCUUUAACACUUUUUAGCUGUACAUAAAAUGUAUAAUCUGUGUAGUCCAUUGUGUCUAUUUUCAUAUAUCCCCAUUUGACUCUUCAGUCUGUCAAGCAGGUGAUGCUGUGAGACAGUGUUUUUUUGAAGGCAGAAACAAUAUUACAUUGGGGUUGUUUUUUUGUUUUUUUUUCAUUUAUUUACCAACUCUGUCUUUACAAAUGUAAUGACCUGUACGACAUACUGUUGAGCAGAGUAAUGGCUGUAUUUUUUGUGAUAUGCAUUACAAAAUGUCACUUUGAA